AUGGGAAAAGUCAUCGGCAAUGGUCGAUCAACCAAGGUCUGGAAAGACUCAUGGGUCUCACUAACUCAGAGGACAUUACCGUGUGGAACUACUACUGAAGAUGAUAACGAUUUGAGAGUAUUUGACUUGCUCACUACAGAGCUUAGCUGUAACCGCAAGCGAAUUGAGGAAGUCAUCCCUGCCUUAGCUCCGAUGAUUCUGAGCCUCCAACCGAGCAUCUCAGGAGCAGAAGACAGUUACUUCUGGUACCCGACACGAAAUGGUAUCUAUAGUGUCAAGUCGGGAUACCACUCUAUCAAAGGCCCAAGCGCAACGCCAGCAAGUAACCAGAGUGACUUCAACUGGAUAAAAGACGUCUGGAACGGAGCCUUCUCUCCCAAGAUGAAGACCUUCUUGUGGACUACUAUCCAAAAAGCGAUACCACUUGGAGCAAACCUGCAAAGUAGAGGUGUUACUCAAGAAGUAAAAUGCAUCAGAUGUGGACAAAUAGAAACGGAGACUCACAUUUUCUUCACGUGUGAGUUUGCUAUGAAGGUGUGGGACUACAUUCAACUGAAGCAACUGAUAGACAUCGCAAUCCUCCGAGAUGUUGCCUCUGCACUGGUCGCCUUCAGAAAUAACCGAUGCCUCUCACCACUAGGAGUAACAACUCCAAUCCUUCCGUUGAUCCUUUGGGCGCUCUGGACUGCUAGGAAUGUGGUUAUCUUCGAACAACGGAGCUACACUGUGGAAGAGACAGCUAUUAGAGUAAUCAAGCUAGCAAGAGAAUGGAGUCAAGCUCAAUCGCACAAAAAGGAAAGCUCAACAACGACACAAGGAUCGAACUUUGUCUUACCUCACCUAGGGUCUCCUCUGCCUCCGCCGAUCGGGACUACGAUCAUCAAGACUGACGCAGCCUGGGACAAGAAGUCACAAACAACAGGACUCGCGUGGAUCGACGCCGGACCUCCAAGCUACAGGAUCAUGCAAGGGGCUAGAAUCCAUCGUAAUGUCGCCUCUCCACUGGCAGCUGAGGCGCUAGCAAUCCGAACCGCUCUUCAGGACGCUACAGCUUCAAAAGUCUCCCUCCUCCGGACUUACUCCGACAAUCAAACCCUGAUCAGGGCAAUCAACGGCAAGCUCUUCGAGAAAGAGAUCUAUGGUAUUUUAAAAGAUAUCGAAACUCUCUCAUCUCUAUUUGUCGAAUCAUCUUUCUGCUUUCUUUCACGGGCCAAGAAUGGACAAGCUGACUUUUUAGCAAAAUCUAUUCUUAGGAAUCUUCUUUGUGUAAUGGGCCGGUCUUUAUCCAUUUAA